UGAUCGGUUUUCUGAAUUUCGGUUUUGAAUUUUUGUUGUUUUGUUGUUUUGUUUUUGUUUAAUUAUUUGUUUUAGUUUUAUUUUAACAAUUGGAUUAAUUAUUUAUCUUUAUUUUUACUUGCGUUAUCUUUAGGUGUUCAUCUUGAUUGAAUUGGUUCUGAAUGGCGUUUGGUUAAAACAUUCUCGUGACGAUGGAUGUUAAUUCCUUACCUCCAGUUAGUGAAGGAUUUUGUUUCUCUGGUGAUGAAUUUCUUGAGGAUAAUUUUACGGUAGAUGAUUUUAUUAAAAAUCAUCGGAAUGAUAUCUCACUAGAACAAUUAAGACAAGAUCUUAAUAGUUAUCUAAAAGCUUGUCGAGUUGCCCUUAUUGAUACCAUCAAUGAAGAUUAUAGUGAUUUUAUCAACCUUAUGGAUGAUUUGGUUGGUCUUGGCACUAAUAUUACUAAGCUAAUUGAACCGUUGGAAAGUAUGCAAAAUGAUAUUAAAUUGGUUGAAUCAAAUUUUAGUUCUGCUCUUGGUGAGAUUACCGAGAGGAUGAAACAAUUGCAGUUUACACGAGUUAAGAGAAAAAAAAUUGAAUCCAUGUUAAAUGUUCACCGAAAUAUGCAAAAGGUUGAAAAUCUCUGUGAUACCAUUGAAAAUGGUGAAACCAAUGCAACAGAUAUCAACCUGAUUGAAAGGAUUGCCAUUCAAAUGGAGGAAAUAAUUGUCAACUUAGAAUUCAACAAUUCUGGACCAACAGUGAUCUUUUCAUCUGGAGACUUAGAGUCAAGAUCUAAAUUGUUAUCAGAAAGAGUUCGACGAAUUUUGGAAAAAGCAUUCACCCGAGCAAUAUCUUGUUCGGAAGGAGAUACAAUUGAACGUCUUUACACAAUAUUCCUUCUCAACGGACAAUUAAAUGUUCUAGAGAAAAUUUUAAUCACCAAGAUUAGACCUUAUCUAAUUUCUGUUAUAUCAGAGUCAAGAUUGGAAGCCUUGGGAACAGAAAAAUUUUUCAACGAUAUCAAAAAUGUUCUCACCAGUCAAUUGAAUGUAUUUUUUUAUCUUGAAACUGAAUGUGCUGCCUGGUUUAUCAAUCGUAUCUGGAAUGAGGUGGUUACAUCUUUAACACUUCAAAGUCCAUCACUAUUUGCCUCCGGUAAUCCUGAUCAAUUUCAUUCCAAUUACACAGCAACCGUUAAAUUUUUAGACUCUCUAAAAACCGAUGUCGACAGUGGAGACAAAAUCUCAUCAAAUUGUCAACUCAAUCUAUUAACCAGGAAAUUCAACAUUCAAAUUUAUUUCCGUAUUAGAUUUCAAGAGAUUGCCUCAAGAUUUGAAUAUUCACUGAAACAAUCGUACACUUAUCAACCCCAAGAGGAACCAAAGUUUAUCAUUCCUCCAUUAAUUGAAUUACUCCGGUCAAUCAACGAAUGCUGGUCAACCAAGGAUGUUUAUCUGCCACCAUUGUUUAUACCCUUUUGGAAAUUAACUUUACAAUUGAUUGCUCGAUGUACCGUUUGGUUAAGGACAAUACAAUUAUCGGAUAUGGUUAUUGGAAAUGUCACCUCGCCAAUUGAAUCAUCUCGAUUGAAAACCUCAUUGGUUUCAACCAUUUUCUCCCAAUCAGAGAAAACGGUAACAGAGAUUGAAAAUAUUUACCCGAAAAUAGUGUUACCCUUAAAACCGAGUAACUUUGAUGAGAAACUAUUGAAAGAAUCCUUAGAUUAUGGAUUAAUUGAACUCGCUCGAACAGGUCUACCCAAUAUAGUUAAAUUAACCAAGGAAUGUCUAGUGAAUAAAAAUCUAACCUAAUUUAUUGUUUUGAUAUUGCGAAAA